AUGGAGGAUAUUAAAAAAAAUUCCCAAAAAAAAGCUCGUAAUUUUGAUUUCUUGGAAAUGUUUGACAAAGCUCGGAUAACUGCUAUGGAGAUGGGUUCUGAGAACAUCGCGAAAAUGAAAAAGGUUGAAGAGGAAAUGGAGAAAAGCGAUGAUUGUUUGGUAAAGGAAUUUGACUGCUCUGACAACAGAACAAAUGUUUCAACGUAUCCAAGGGAUGAAAACAAAUUCGAAACUAAAACUGAUAAGGACUCUAAAAUUGGGAGAGAAGAUGAUGUUGGUGAUAAGAAUGAAGAUGAGGAAGGCAUCAUUGGACCACCAUUGCCUGCCAGUCUCUCCAGUAAAUUUACAACUUCAGAUAAGUCCUGUGUUAAUGAUGAAGAUGAUGAAGAUGAUGAUGAUGAAGAAGAAAAGGAAGAUCGUUUACCAUUAGAUAACAAAUUGGUAUUAAAUCAUGGCAAGAAGCCUAUAUCAUCAUUACAUGUGGAUGCGUCUGGUGCAAGGUUGGUUGUUGGAAGUUAUGAUUACUCCAUCAAAUUUUGGGAUUUUGCUGGCAUGGAUUCAUCACUGAGACCUUUUAGAACCAUAAAUCCAUGCGAAGGUCAUAUAAUCAGAGAUCUCAAGUUCAGUAGCAAUGGCGAUAUGGUGCUUGUGAUAUCAGGAAGUGCUCAAGCUAAAGUUUUAGAUCGAGAUGGUCACGAGAUUAUGGAAUGCAUUAAGGGAGAUCAGUACAUAAUUGAUCAGAGUAACACCAAAGGACAUACAGCUAUGCUUAAUGCAGGCAGUUGGAAUCCAAGAAUGAAAGAAGAGUUUAUGACCUGUUCCGACGAUGGAACGCUGCGUUUGUGGGAUGUGAGCUACUUGAAAAAACAGAAAACCGUCAUCAAACCUAAAUCUUUACAAGGCAAAAAAGUUGUCACCACUACUUGUUCAUACAGCAGAGAUGGCAAGUUGGUUGCAGCCGCUUGUCAAGAUGGCUCCAUUCAAAUGUGGGAACAUGGAAAGCUAUACGUUAAUGUCAUUUUAAAAAACAUGACGGCGCAUGGCAGUGGCAAUGACAUAUCCUCUAUUUCUUUUAGCUAUGACAAUAAUUUUUUGGCAUCAAGAAGUACAGAUGAUACUUUGAAACUUUGGGAUUUAAGACAUUUCAAAAAAGCUGUGUUCGAAGUAACAUCCCUUUAUAAUUUAUUCCCAAUGACCGAUUGUUGUUUUAGUCCUAACGACAACUUGAUUGCAACAGGAGUGUCUGCUGAAAAGGGAGGUUCUGCUGUUAAUGGUACUGGAGGAAAGUUGGUGUUUUACGACAAAAAUACCUGUCAGAAAUUCAACGAAUUUUCAGUGUCUGAUUCUAGCGUUAUCAGAUGCUUGUGGCAUCCUCGUCUUAAUCAAAUAAUCUGCUCCACUGCUAGUGGUGACGUUAACGUAUUUUAUGGCGACAAAAGCCAUCGUGGAGCCAAACUGAGUUUAGAAAAAAAAUCCAAAACAUACAAAUCAGAUGAAGCUGUCGGUCUUGACCCAUACAUUAUUACUCCUUAUUCAUUGCCUUUGUUCAAGACACCACGACCAACAACAUCUAAAAAAGCGGCCGAAAAAGACAGAAAAGACCCAGUGAAAUCUAGAAGACCUGAUCUACCUGUUAAUGGACCAGGUGAAGGUGGAAGAGUUGGAGCUCACGGGGCCACUUUGUCACAAUAUAUCAUUAAGAACUUAGUACUCCGAAAACCAGAUGAAAGAGAUAAAGAUCCAAGAUCUGCCAUUUUAAGGCAUGCUAAAGAGGCAGCCGAACAUCCUUUCUGGAUUACUCCAGCUUAUCAAAAAACGCAACCUAAACCAGUUUUUCAAAAAUUCACUACCGAAGAAGAUAAUGAUUCCAGCGACGAACUUGCGCCAGUGUAUAAAAAACUAAAAACGAAAGAAAAGUAA